AUGGGAUUGUUCAAUGUCACUCGCCCUGCUUCCUUCCUCCUGACUGGCAUCCCUGGGCUGGAGAGUUCUCAUUCCUGGCUGGCAGGGCCCCUCUGUGUGAUGUAUGUUGUGGCUCUUGGGGGCAACACAAUAAUUCUACAAGCUGUUCGAGUAGAGUCUGUUCUCCACGAGCCCAUGUACUAUUUCCUAUCCAUGCUAUCAUUCAGUGAUGUGGCCAUGUCUUUGGCCACACUACCCACAGUCCUCAGAACCUUCUGCUUUGAUGCUCGCAGUAUUGCUUUUGAUGCUUGCCUAGUCCAGAUGUUUCUGAUCCACUCCUUUUCCAUGAUGGAAUCAGGUAUUCUUCUGGCCAUGAGCUUUGACCGCUAUGUGGCCAUUUGUAAUCCCUUGCGCUAUGCCACUGUGCUCACCAAUGAAAUCAUUGCUGGGAUGGGUUUUGCUGUGACUGCCCGGAGUUUUGUCACCCUCUUCCCCCUUCCCUUCCUCAUCAAGCGGUUGCCUAUCUGCAGGUCCAAUGUUCUUUCCCACUCUUAUUGCCUGCAUCCAGACAUGAUGAAGCUGGCCUGUGCUGACAUCACCAUCAACAGCAUCUAUGGGCUCUUUGUCCUUGUGUCGACUUUUGGUAUGGAUUUACUUUUUAUCUUCCUCUCCUAUGUGCUCAUUCUGCGCUCUGUUAUGGCCAUUGCUUCCCGGGAAGAACGUUUAAAGGCUUUGAAUACAUGUGUGUCACAUAUUUUGGCUGUACUUGCAUUUUAUGUGCCAAUGAUUGGUGUUUCCACGGUCCACCGUUUUGGGAAGCAUGCCCCACGCUACGUACAUGUCCUUAUGUCCAACAUCUACCUCUUUGUGCCUCCGGUGCUCAACCCUCUUAUUUACAGCAUGAAAACAAAGGAGAUUCGCCGUGCCAUUGCACGCAUGUUUUACCGCGUCAAGAUGUGA